AACAGUAAUGCGAGGCAGGUAAAUUGAGUUUUGUGAAACCUUUUCCUUAGAAAAAAGGCUAUUAAUGGACAGUCUGGGGGAGGUUUCCAGGCAUGAACCCCCUAAAAUUAUCUGCAAACUUGUGUCUGUGCGCUCACCUCUGUGUUUCUAGAGAAGCGGUCCCUAAUUUUCAUCAGCUUCUCAGAAAAGUCUGUGGCCCUUAAAAUGUCCAAAUUAUUUAUGUUCGUUUGAAUUAGUAAGGGGGUUUUGAAGCGGGAGAUUGAGGUUCAUGUCUCAUGUAGUCCACGAAUGAAUCUCACGGACAAAGGAGAGUGAGUAAAGCAAUAGAGUUUUAUUGAGCAAGGAUACAGAAAAAGCUCUCAGGGGUGAAAGUGAUGUAGUUUUGACUGUAGGUGAAGUUUGAUGGGGUGAGUUCUGGAGCCGACGACCUAGAAAGAAUUCUUGAGACGUCUUUGGUGCAGAAAGGUGGUUUUAUGAAAGCACGGGAACAGGACCCGUGGGCAGAAAGAGCUGCUGCACGGGGGUUGGGAGAGGUGGCCAAUUAUAUGCUUGGCAGUUGAGGAGGUUUUCAAAAGAACUUUCAUAUGCUAAGGAGGACCUACAAGAUCCUGGAGGCCUUGCCACUGUCAAGUUAGGGUUGUUUUUCCCUCUAGCAAAGCGUAUUAACCUUAAGACCACCGGGAGCUUCUGCCUGUCUCAAGUAUAUGUCAAUGGACUGCAGAUUAUAAGGACAUUUAAUUUUAUCUACAUUUCCUUCUGGAAGAUUGAUCCCUCAGAGGAAUCAUCCCUGACUGAGUCUUCACUCUGAGCUAAGACUGGUUCCCAGAGGGAGCACUGCUCCAGAGAGAGCUCUGAGGUUUUCCUGAAGAAAAAUUCCAUGGGGACUGUACCUGACCCUUUGAGAUCGGCUAAAACUUCCUUGAUCACAGCUUCUGGAAAAGAAGAGGAUCUAGGAGAAGUGCAGCCUGCCUCAGCUCGGCCUCGACCAGCGCUCCUCUGUAAGAACACCAAUGGCCUUUCUGGCCCUCCUGAAGAGCCAGUCCUCAGCCCCAGGGCAGCUGCUGAGGCCUUGAUGCAGGCCUUCGAGCAUGAGACCACCCAGCCGGACAUGUCUUCUCCUGGUGUCGUCAACGAGGUGGAAAAAGCGUCUCCUCCGUGCAACUCUCCUGGCAAUACCCAGCUGCCAGGAAGCAGCAAGCCCACAGCACCAGCUUCGUGUUCUGCAGCAGGAAAGGAUGUUCUAGACGAAGCAUUUACAAUGCCAGCCAGUCAACACAGCCACCAGGCCAUGCCGGGUGACCAGCUUAAUGCCAGCCCCUCAGCAGGACCUGAGGAUACACUGCUGAAAACACAGAGAACCUCAGAUGGGGAGCAACCUGAAAAGUCAAGUUGUCCUGUGGGCAGCACCCGGGGCAACAGCAAAGCUCAAGUGCCCUGUGAUUUUCCUUCCCAAGAAACAGCCCAGGGACUGGUGCAAGCUGGAAAUACAGCAGCCAACGUGUUCAGCCACACCUCCCCUCCUAUAGGCAGACCUGAAGGGGAGAGGCCAGGAGCCGUCCAUGACUCCCAGACAAGGGCCUGUGAGUCUCCAGCGAGAGAAGACGGAUGUUCUGGGCACAAACAGCCCUCGGCCACGACCUCGGGCGGCCGGGCCGUGACUUUGGUGACACCCCAGCCAUCCCACCUCACUAGCCAAGGGUCCACAUUUCCCCCAGAUCUGGGAAAGGUGCCACUGCCCUCACAGCACCAGGUGUCAAGGUUCAAAGAAGCAAGUACGAUGACCAGCCAAGCUGCAGGUGCGGUCCGGGAAGUUCCCAGCAGGGCUCGGCAAGAUGCUGAGGUGCAGGCCGUGGCAAGUGUCGAGAGCAGGUCCGUCUCCACCAGCCCCAGCAUCCUCACUGCCUUCUUAAAGGACGUCCCCGUUGCUGAGCGUGUGGAACCACAGGAGCAGCUGCGUGUCGUUUGCCAUGGCGGCGGCCGUGGGAGCCACUCACUGGAGCUGUCUGACGACCUCCUAGCCCCGCAGGAGCCGGGCCAGUGUCCUGGCAUCAUGCCAGAGGUGCACAUCCAGGCAGCUGCGGCUGUGUCCGCUGCUUGCCGAGGGGAGCGUAAAUUGGUGAGCCUACCGGGUGAGGUCCUUCAAAUCUCCUCUGUCACGGUGGCAUCCGGUAAGGCUCAGGAUGUGUGUAAGGAAGACGGGGGGUCAGCAGGCAUGGCCCCGACAAGGGCGGAGCCCACCUCCAAACAGCUUUCGGGUGUGAAUUCUAGCUCCAGGAAAGCCAGCCCUGCUGACCAGAUUGCUAGCGGCGCAGGAAGUCAAACGGAAACAGAUCAUAAAUUGGGGGAAUCUGAAACCAAGCCAUCUGAGUCUGCAGUGAAAACCACAGAUGGUCCCCGAACAAACCCAGAUUGCAAACUCUCUGACUCUUGUGGUCCUGCCAGCAAAGCCAACCAGUCUGGGAGCUCGGAUCCCACUGAUAAAGGAGACGCAAGAGAGCCUGCAUCUCCGCACAUAGUACACCAGCAAGAAUGUCGGGGCACCGAUAGCCUCGACCCCAGGGCAAGGGUAGAGGCCAAGUCCCUGCUGCUCAAUCCUAAAUCUCAAGAAAGUGCAGGCGCUGGAUCAGCUGCCAGUCCUACGCCAUCCCCAGUCAGGAAGAACCAGGAGGGAACCUGGGAAGAAAACAGACAGACCAAGACGGCCACCAGCCUGAGCCUGCCGUCUGACGCCAUGGGCGACUCCAGUCCAGCUUCCGGCAAGAGGACCCCUUCUCGCUUGGUCAAAGCCAGCCCGCGCCGGGCCAGCCGCGUCAGCGAGUUCCUCAAGGAGCAGAAGCUGAACGUGACAGCGGCGGCCGCGCAGGUGGGACUCACCCCGGGAGAGAAGAAAAAGCAGCUCGGCGCCGACUCCAAGCUGCAGCUGAAACAGUCCAAGCGCGUCAGGGACGUCGUGUGGGAUGAGCAGGGCAUGACCUGGGAGGUGUACGGUGCCUCCCUGGACCCGGAGUCCCUGGGCAUCGCCAUCCAGAACCAUCUACAAAGACAAAUCAGGGAACACGAGAAAUUAAUCAAAGCUCAAAGCAGCCAGACCCGGAGAUCCAUUUCCUCAGAUACUUCUUCAAAUAAAAAGCUCAAAGGAAGGCAGCACAGGGUCUUGCAGUCCAUGCUGCAGAACUUUCGACGCCCCAACUGCUGUGUUCGUCCUGCCCCUUCUUCUGUGUUAGACUGAAAGGGAAUGUGUUUGGGGGCCCUCGUGUGCAGUCACGGUAUUCCCGAGUGUCUGUGUAUGUCAGAGCUUUCUUAGUGUUUUUCCCGAGAGACCAGGAAGAGAAAGCAAGUAUUAACUCUAGGAAGUUGCCAUGAAGCGUUGUUGGGUCCUUUGAUUGGGGCUCCCUAAAUAAAAAUAUUUCAAUUCGAAAGAAAGGACAAGAGAAGAGAAGAAAGCUUCCCUGAAGGUUCAUGACCUCGAUUAAGAGGAAAUAAUAUUCACUGGGUUUUUUGUAUUGUGAUGUUGCUUCUGGAACUAGCAUUAUCCAUUAAACAUGUGUCGUUUUGUAUUACUGCCUCAAUUUAUCACACUGGUAUUUCCAUUAAAAUCCCUGCUUAAUAUUAAAAAUAGCAAAAACACUACUAGCAAAAACACUGCUAGACUUUCUAGUCGUAUUACAAUAAGAAUGCCACGACCACACAAAAUUUAAAUAGAUGAUAAGAACUAAAAUGUAAAAAAUGUGAAGAAAAUUUUGACUCACUCUUAGGCCAGAUGACAUUAAGUAAAAGCAUGUAAAUGCAUUAAAUACCAAACAUGAAUUAAUAUUUGUAAACAUCCUGCAGAUAGCUGUUUUUGUAAACCUUGUUAUACUGUUAAUAAAUGUAAGAAAGUUAUGUUAGGAAAAUUAACCAAGCUUUUGAGUAUGAAUACUGCCCAUAUAAAACAUGAAUUUAUAUAUACAGAUUUCCCUGCACUGAAGGCAAGGGGCAUCUCUAUAAUUCUGACUAGAUUAAAUUCAUAUUUCUUUAGAGGAAGUACGUCAACUGAAUUCUUGGAAGGAGUCAUCGAAUUAUUAAUAAUACUAAAGUGUGUGUUGUGCAGGUGUUCUCCAGAAACACUCUGCUGAGAGUGUUAAGGUUUCAGUAAGGAAUUAUAAAUAGCCAAUUUACCAAACACUCUCUUUUCUGUGUUGAAAAAAAGAAGUAAGGAAAAGCAACAUAUUUAAUUUCGACUCCUGUAAACAGGAUGCAGUUUCUAUUUUUCUUUUGACUUGCUUGUUCAAUAGUUACUUGUUCAGUAGCUUCUAAUAGAAAAUAUAGUCAACACCAAAUAGAACAGAAGCGUCCUCACAGUUUUUGUUAUGUAGAUGAAUAUCAUCUAAUUGCUAAGUUUCUCAUCUGUAGUAAAAAGGCAACCUGUGCGAACUUACUGAUUUUAAGAGAAAUACCAUCGUAUCUCAUCCUUCAAAUCCGAUAAAAUAGGCCUUUACUAAAAUGUGGUUUGAGCCUCGGGUGGGCUAUAGUUUUUGAGAACAUAGACACCUGUUUGAGCCCAGCCCGCACCUGUCUCCAGAGGAGGAGCGUGUCCUUCAUACCCAUGAGUGUCUUGCAGGGCACUGGGCUGGGAUGACCAGCAGUGGCUUGAGAGCUAGGGGAGUGUGGAAGAGGGAAAUGAGAUAGGGCCCUGGAAAGGUUUCCCCUCCUAGAUUCAGUGUAGGGAGAUCACUGGUCUCCACCUUGCAUUUAGAAAAUCAGACUGUUCAACGUGGGAGAGGUGCUCGCUGGUUACCUUGUCUGAGCUUAUUCCCCUUGAUGAGCCAGAAAAGAGUGUCUGGCCAUGCGUUCUCUCUGGAGACUCACAAAUGCCAUUUGUGCAGGAAGCUCACAAUCUCUGUUUUGGCCUUUUUUUUUUAAAUUCUCUUUUGCAGAUUCUGCACAUAUAGGGAAAAAUCGUACCUGAACUUUAACACCAUAUGCUAAACUGGGCACAACCCAAAUUAGUAUGUAGCCAUUGGUUUCUUUCAAAGCAAUUGGAGUGUGUGUGAAGACUGCCUAAAUAGCCUCCAGUCACAGCACUCCCAGGGCCUAAGAAUGGUCAAAUUACGGUUGUUACACUUGGAGCUUUUAAUGAAUUUUUUUAAUGAGGUGCCUUUAUCCGUUUCUUACCAAUUGGCCUCUUAAGAGCACUCCCUGAAGUUGAAAUUGCCAUCAAAUGAGCAAUCAAAUUACUAUGAAUGGGGAGAGAUUUCGUCUAAAACUCUCUCUUUUGGCCUUGAAUACCCAUUUGUAGGUGAGUUCGUGUGGCUUUUGUCGGAGACGCCUCCGCCAGGCUGUGAUCUCACUCCUAACCCCUUCCUGCCUGCCUCCCUCCCUCACACGUUGCAUGCAUGCUGUGCAUCCACAGAGAACCCCCUGCGUAGUCAGUAGCAGCUCUCAACAGUACCCGCUCCAGAUGGGUGGGCCCCAGGUAAUCCUGUGCUGGGAAGUGGCUGGAACAGGCUGUUCCUGCAUUAAAUUAGGAGAAAAAGAAGACUUUAGCAUCUGGUAAUAUUUAUUUUCAUGAGUUUGGUGUAACCACGUGAAUUAUAAAGAGCUGAAGUUAAAUUAUAAAUUUGUAAUUCCAGAUUUAUAAAUUAUAAAAUUUACAAAUUAUAAAUAGUUCAAGUUAAAAAUGAGGCAGAGGCCUAAGAGAGUGGUCGGCAUUUGUCGCCCAUGAAACAAAUUAAGAAAAUUGCAUUGAAUUACUUAAAACUAAAUUUAGUGUUGCGGUUGUGUCUCUCAAAGUUAAGUCUUCCUGUUUGACGGAGAACUUUUUACUCGUUUGCUUUGGUACUGGAACUAGCCUUUCCUUCUUAAGCUUUCACUGUUUAACUCUUCACCUUUACUUCUCCCACACUCCAGAGAUUGUCACAAAACAGUACAAAACCUGUCUUGUUUGGUUGUUUAUUGACUCUUCAGGAAGGAACGGCUUUUCAAAACGGUAGUGAACUAGACCAUCAAAUGGCUAAAUAAGGAGCCUAUUGAAGACAAGCCAUGCUUUUGCUUUAUGAUACCCUAAGUACCCACCGCAUAAAAUUUGAAGAUUUUCCUUCCCUUCAGUCUGUGACACAGCAUUGACAUUCAGUACAUCGGUCGUGACUCCUUAGCUUUAUUCAACAAACGAAAGUGCAAAACAGUUUUCGUGGCAGAUUCUUUGAGCUCGUUUGGCUCUACCUUCACUUACCUGUAUGACACACACCAGUUUGAAAGUUGGUUUUGUCCUUAAUUUCUUUUAGAUGUUUUCCUCCUCCUAAAUGCUUUUUAGCCAUUGGAAUAUAUGGAGGAAAUAUCUUAUUGGGUAAAUAAAUAUAAAAUAUUUCUUAAGCCAGUAGUAUAAGAGAGAUGGAUUAGAACACAGUGUCUGGAAGAUAAUGAGACCUUUAAAAUGUUAAGAUGCUUUAUGGCGUACCCAGUGAAUACUAGAAUUUAAAUACUGAUUUUUUUUUUUCCCUAUUUUAAUGACCACAAGAAAAAUGUCAUUGCUUCAGCUGUCAUACUUUUAUCUUCAGUGCUCUUUCUGGAUUAUUGGCUUUGAUGCCACAGACCAACUGCUUUACAUACAGUAAAACCCUCAUUUAUGUUUGUGUUUUGGACCAAUGGCAUAAGAUGAACAUCUUGUUAGGUCAAAGAAACCUUUUUGUUUGCAUCCAAAAAUGAAGUAUUUAUAAAAUAUAAAUACUGGUAUGUUUUCCUACCUUGACAAGUUCAGCUAUAUUGAAUAUAAUUCGAUUUUUGAUGAUUUCUUAAUCUUUAGAAUUGUCUGAUAAUUGUUAUUUUGGAUACCAGUAUCCUUCACGUUAUUGCUUACAUAUCAAAACUUAAAUAAACUGUAGUGAAUAUGCAUGUGUAACAUAUACACAAGAGGUUGAAUUUUGGAACCAAAUCCUUGAUAGGAGCUUGCCAUUUUAAAGUAGAAAACAGAAGAAGAAAAUGACUUUUGGUUGCAUCUGAGAGUAUUAAGGUUUUAUUGUUCCUAGCUUAUUCCGAUGUUAUUCCUCUCAUUUCUAGGAGUUCCCAUCAUUCUGGGAGUACCUGUAUAUACCACAUGAAGAAUAUAAUAUAAUGUGACUUUAAGAUGUGUUUACAGAGGAUAUAUAUGAAUAUGCUGUUAAUGUAAAUUGUUUGGCCUUUGCUGUAUCCACUCUGUUACUGCUUUGCUGCCAAAAUGUGAGAAAUUGUCUUCUAUUCCUCCUACAUAUUGUGCAAGUGUUAAAAAAUUUGUCCAUUUCUAGUACCAUGUAAUUCACACAUCCCUUGUCUACUUUUUAAGAAUCAAUAUAAAGGAAAACAAUAUCUUAGGAUAAGGUUUGCGUAUAUGUAUAUGUGUUUUUACUGAAAAUUGGG